AUGCCUGGUAUUUCCGCAUUGCUCGAUUACGAGACGGAGGAACCUACAUCCAAUUUCGUUGACGAAAAUUCGCUCAUUUCGUCAGUAUCGGAAGAUACUCUGGCAUCGCUUCCACAAACCAAGCCUGCCGUCGCGAAAUCGCGAAAGCGCAAAUGCGUUACGAUUCCCAAGAAACCUCGCGCAAAGGCCGCACCAAAAGCCGAGAAGAAGACUACCACAAAGUCAGCUGGCGCGAAGCGAAAGGCCGCCGAAAUCGACGCGGUCGAAGAUGAGGACAGUGAGCUCGUCGAACCUGCAGUUCCGCAGCCAAAAAAGAAGCCAACCAGGAAGAAGACAGUCGCGGUGAACAGGGAUGAUGACAGUGAAGUUGCUGAGAACCAUGCGCCCCAGGCAAGUAAAGCUCUCAAGGAGAAGGAUGCCAAUAUAAAACCUGUAAAGGCUAGAGGAAACAAGAAAACCAGCGUUCAAAACACCGACGAGACUGAAGAGGAGGUUGUGCAGGUCCGGUCUGAUUUUGCACAAACGAAAUUGACCAAACCACUACCAAAGCCGGUAUCUGGACUGAAGUCGAAGCCAGCGACGAAGCGGCCAGUCAGCUCAGCACCAGAAGUAACCGAAGUUGUUUCAGACGAAGAUGCUGAGGAAAACGCCGAGCCUGUUGAGCAACAGCCACCUAAGAAGAAGACGCGGACCGAGAUUCGACCUCGACAGGAACAUAGUUAUUGUCGACGAGCUGGCAGUGUCUCAGACACAGAACGAGGUGAUCCAAUGCUGCGAAGAAAGCUUGGUGACAUGACCAGGAAGUACGAAAGCAUUGAUCUGAAAUAUCGAAGCUUAAAAGACGUGGCCGUCACGGAAGCCAAUGCUAACGUCGAGAAGCUGCGCAAGCAGUGCGAAGCUAUUACCGAAGCAUCAGACAGACUGAUCGCCUCGCUCAAGAAGCAACUAGCACAACAAACACUCCUAGUUCAGGAAUCCAGAAAGCAGAAGCAAGAAUCCCGGACACAAGAGGCUGAGACCAGCAAGCUCAGGACGGAGAACAAUAGUCUUUCGGCUGAGCUGUCAGCAGCAAAGAUAGAGCUCAAGUCGCUCCAAGCUAAACUCGCAACUGCACGAGCCACUCCAGUGCCAGCUGAGACCAAGCAACAACCUACCAACGCGAAGACAGCCGUGGCAACAAGGAUACCGAUCUCAUCUCAGGCUCAGCACGCCAAAGAGGCACAACUACAGCUCAAGAUUGACUUGUAUGGCGAUUUGACAGGAUUGAUUGUGCAAAGCGUCAAGCAAUCUGAAGAAGGCGAUACAUAUGAUUGUCUCCAGACAGGCAGAAACGGUACCUUACACUUCAAGCUGUUCGUCGAUCGAGAGAACGCAAAGACUGCCGGUUUUGAACAAACAGAAUUUCUCUACUCACCACAACUCGACACGAACCGCGAUCGAGAGCUCUUGGAGAUAAUGCCUGACUACCUCACCGAAGACAUUACGUUUGUGCGAGAUGUUGCAGAAAAGUUUUAUGCUCGAGUUGUUAGGACUUUGACGGAGAAGCCUGAGCCUAUGGAAGAAGAGGCAGUUUGA